CGGCAGCGCCGGGGGAUUAGGCUGGAAAUAGCGGCGGCUCCUGGGCACGGGAGCUCCGGCGUUUCCCCAGGCGGGCGGGGCCGCGCCCAGCACCUGGGGUCGGGAGCCUCGUCCCGACCCACCCCAUCCCUGCGCCCCGCGGGCAGCGGCGGAGGGGGCUCGGCGCCGCGGCGGGAGGAGCGGGCGCCCUGCCCGGGAGCGGCAGCGGCAGCGCUGCGGGGAGGAGGAGGAGGAGGAGAACAGAGAAGGACGCAGUGACAGAAGAGGCAGUAGCACUAACAUUAGUCGAAGAUGUCGGGUCAGACGCUGACAGAUCGCAUCGCAGCUGCUCAGUACAGCGUUACAGGAUCAGCUGUAGCCAGAGCCGUCUGCAAAGCAACCACGCAUGAAGUGAUGGGGCCCAAGAAAAAACACCUGGACUAUUUGAUCCAGGCAACCAAUGAGACCAACGUUAAUAUUCCUCAAAUGGCUGAUACUCUCUUUGAGCGAGCAACAAAUAGUAGCUGGGUGGUGGUGUUCAAAGCCUUAGUUACAACACAUCAUCUAAUGGUUCAUGGCAAUGAGAGAUUUAUUCAGUACUUGGCAUCUAGAAACACGCUAUUCAAUCUCAGCAAUUUUUUGGACAAAAGUGGAUCACAUGGAUAUGAUAUGUCUACCUUCAUAAGGCGUUACAGUAGAUACUUGAAUGAAAAAGCAUUCUCCUACAGACAAAUGGCAUUUGAUUUUGCAAGAGUGAAGAAAGGCGCUGAAGGUGUAAUGAGAACAAUGGUUCCAGAAAAGCUAUUGAAAAGCAUGCCAAUAUUACAGGAACAAAUUGAUGCACUUCUUGAAUUUGAUGUUCAUCCAAACGAAUUGACAAAUGGCGUCAUAAAUGCUGCAUUUAUGCUUCUCUUUAAAGAUCUUAUCAAGCUUUUUGCAUGUUACAAUGAUGGAGUUAUUAACUUACUAGAGAAAUUUUUUGAAAUGAAAAAGGGACAGUGUAAAGAUGCUCUUGAAAUUUACAAACGAUUUCUGACUAGAAUGACUAGAGUAUCUGAAUUUCUUAAAGUUGCAGAGCAAGUUGGAAUUGACAAAGGAGACAUUCCUGAUCUCACACAAGUAUUGCUGACAAGAGUUCUGGUUGAUCUGCAAAUCACUGAUAAUGAAAAUUCCCCUUUUAAAGAGUGUACCAUUGAUGAACCGGCUCCCAGCAGUCUUAUGGAGACCCUGGAACAACAUCUAAACACGUUGGAAGGGAAAAAACCUGGGAACAGUGAAGGUUCUGGUGCUCCUUCUCCCUUGAGCAAGUCUUCUCCAGUCACAACUGUUACAUCUCCUAAUUCUACCCCAGCAAAAAGUAUUGAUACCUCUCCACCAGUUGAUCUCUUUGCAACUUCAUCUACAGCAGCUCCAGUCAGCACUUCCAAACCAUCCAGUGAUCUUCUAGAUCUUCAGCCAGAUUUCACAUCUACUGGGCAAGCAGCUCCAACUGCUCCAGCAGGAGCAACUUCAUGGGGAGACCUCUUGGGAGAGGACAAUCUGGCAGCGCUUUCCAGUGUUACUUCCGAGCCACAGAUUUCAGAUCCAUUUGCUCCAGAGCCUAGCCCAACUACUACUACAACUACUGAAGUUGCAACUGCUUCAGCAUCUGCUACAACUACAACAACCAUUACUGCUGUCACUGCUGAAGUGGAUCUCUUUGGAGAUGCCUUUGCAGCUUCUCCUGGAGAAGCCCCUGCGGCACCUGAAGGGGCAGCAGCACCAGCUACCCCAACCCCUGUAGCAGCAGCUCUUGAUGCAUGUUCAGGAAAUGACCCAUUUGCCCCAUCUGAAGGUAGUGCAGAGGCUGCUCCCGAGCUGGACCUCUUUGCUAUGAAGCCAACUGAGACCAGUGUUCCUGUAGUUACCCCUACUAGUGCAGCUACUCCAGCUCCCACAACUACUCCUUCUCCAGCUGCCACUGCUACCACUGCUACUACUGCUACAGCAACUACCACUACCACCACAGCCACCACAUCUGCCACCACCACUACCACCACUUCCGCUCCUCCUGCUCUAGAUAUCUUUGGUGAUUUAUUUGAGUCUGCUCCUGAUGCUCCCGCAGUGCCUAAACCAGAUGCUACUCCUAGCAUAGACCUGUUUGGUACAGAUGCUUUUUCAUCUCCACCACAUGGAACUUCUCCUGUGCCUGAGAGUUCUCUCACUGCUGAUCUCUUAUCUGUGGAUGCAUUUGCAGCACCAUCUCCUCUACCCGCUGCCUCUCCAGCAAAAGUGGAUUCUUCAGGUGUGAUUGACCUAUUUGGUGAUGCUUUUGGAAGUAGUGCUUCUGAACUCCAACCUGCAACCCAGACAGCUUCUAGUUCCUCAGCUUCUGCAGACUUACUGGCUGGCUUUGGAGGUUCUUUCAUUGCUCCCUCUCCAUCACCAUCACCAGUUACUCCAGCUCAAACCACCUUAUUACAGCCCAACUUUGAAGCAGCUUUUGGAACAUCACCAUCAACUGGUGGCAGCUCAUUUGAUCCAUCAGUGUUUGAUGGUUUAGGUGAUCUUCUUAUGCCAACUAUGAUUCCAUCUGGUCAGUCUGUAGCAGCUUCAGCUGCUACAGCUUCAGCAGCAAGCAAAGGCCUUGGAAGUGAUCUUGAUUCAUCUCUCGCAAAUUUAGUAGGCAAUCUUGGAAUUUCUGGCACCAUAUCAAAAAAGGGAGACCUUCAGUGGAAUGCUGGAGAAAAGAAGUUAACAGGAGGAGCUAACUGGCAACCAAAAGUAGCACCUGCAACAUGGUCAACUGGUGUUCCUCCAACUGGUCCCUUGACUGGAACUGUGCCUCCAGCAAGUGCUAUUCCUCCUGCCUCGGGUGUCCCCCCAGUUGCACAGCCAGGAUCAGGAUUUGGAAUGCCUCCUUCUGGACCAAGUGUAUCCAUGAUGCCUCAGCCGCCAGUUAUGUAUGGACAACCUAUGAUGAGGCCACCAUUCGGAGUUGCAUCUGGACCUGGUGCACAACUCUCUCCAAGCCCUACACCUGCCACUCAGAGUCCCAAGAAACCUCCAACAAAGGACCCAUUAGCAGAUCUUAACAUCAAGGAUUUCUUGUAAACAAUUAAGCUGCAGUUUUUCUGACUGGAUAGUUAAAAAUGUGAGUUUGGAAUCUACAAAUCACAGAUUGAUGCUCAGAGUUUCAAAGUGAGCCACCAGUACCAAACCCAGUGCUUAUUCAGACUGUCUCUUACUUCCGAAACGUGUAGCACAGCUGUGAAAGUGAACGUUAGGAAUGUGUACUACCUUAGCUGUUAUCCCUACUCUCUCUCAAUUUGUGUACUUGGGUUAUUUGUGUUCUACAGUUUAAACAAUGGAUGUAUGUUUCUGAUGCCUUCUAGUGCUUUUCUGAACCUAUUCAGUGGGGGCAGAUUAUGCAGCUGUUGUGUGGUGAGCCAUUUGGAGCGAUGUGUCUGUGUUUUUGAAGGUUUCAAUGUAUAUAACUUUUGACUAACACCUGAAAUUUCCCUAAAAGUUCAGUUUCUUCUUUAUCUGUUACAAAACAUAGUGUGAUAAUACCAAUAGUAAGAAACACUUAACUAGACAAAAUCUUUGUGUGAAAUACAUUUUUCCCAGUCACAGGAAUUUCAGUUGUUGUGAGAAAUGUUUUAUUUUUGUGGCACUGUAUAUGUUAUAUUAUAAUUUAAAGUAAUAUAAAGGUAAAUUUCCAUAACAAAUACUCCUUCCAAGUUACCUUACCAGUAAUGAAAAAUCAUAUCUGAAAGAAUACUGUAUUUAUCACUUUUUUUAAUUUAAAAUAUAUUUUAACUCUUUGAGUUCGUGCAUUUAAAUUUAUUUAUCAGUUCUUGCUAAAUGCAUUGAAAAUAAGUAAAGGGUCAGUUUCUCUCCAUGUAGUUAAAAAAAGCAGCCACAGUUGUGCUGACAUUCUUUAAUGUCAAAUAUGAAAGCACUCUUUGGUGUGUCUGUAGUUAUAACAUUAUUGCAUUUUUAUUUAACUCUUUUAUGUACAUCUGUUAUUUUAGUGCUUACCUGUGUGUAUGCCUUGGAGUAGUGUGUUUCCAUUCCCCAACUAUGCUGUGAGUAGUUUUUGUACUAUUUGUGAUUAGACCUCAUUCUGAUCCAGAGAACCACACCCUUUACUGUACAUAUUGUGUUUCUUUAAUUUUUAGUUUGUUCUCAUACUGUUUGUGCUGAUGGCUUGGCUUAAGAUUUUGACUCUUAAAUGAGGUCACUGUUGAUCAGUGUUACAAGUGGCUUGGCAGCUCUUUGUUCAAAGCAUAUUGAAUUGGAAAGAUGUUCACCUAAGUCUUUCAAACUAACUAUUUAAUCAAUGUAUGGUACCAUUAAAAGUGGUUGUAUCUGAAUUAACUGUGGGGAUAACAUACACUCUAAUGGGGAAAAAGUUAUAUAAAGCUAAUUUCAAAAUAGCUUUUCUUUGUAUUUUGGUUUAAGAACCCAGUGCAUGUACGCCCUCUGAGAUGCAAUAAACACCUUGAUCAAAGUAAA